CUUGCAAACUGUCCACUAUAUCGGCUUCCACUGGAGUUACAAACUGCCUACAAAUUGUCUCUGCGUUUGUGUGGGCCCGCGCGUUGCUGCGGUCGGCUAUCCCGUGCUAUCCUAUCGCCUCGCACUCUCUCCAACAGGCGUGCCCAGUUUAUCCCCAUCGGUGCCCCUGGUCCCCUCAAGAAUCAACUUCUUCAAGGAACAGUUCCACGGGGGAGACGGGGGCGCUUGUUGACUGCUUACAAGACUACCAGGUCAUUCAGGUCGAGCAGGGAGUCAUCUCAAAGCUGGGAAGUGCUGGGAUCAAGGCACGCUUUGCCACGCUUCGCCACAUAUAACGAGGCGCGACCGUUGAAACCCCCACCCUGAAUGGUUGACAAGCUUUCAGCAGCCUUUCCUAAUUUCGUCAAAAAGGGAAAGCCAACGGGGCCGAUUGGCCGCAACUGUCAGGCGAUUUCGUGUUGUUCCCGUAAUCCCGUUAGCUCGACGUCUUCUGGCCAGAUUUUACUGUACAUAGUAACACUGUAUAGCGCCAUAUCUAAGACGUGUAUUUGAGCUGCGCAGCUGCUUGCGAUGGGGCGAGUCUCGACUGCAUCAAUGCCGACGCGGGCCGAGCAGCCCCCCCGACACUUUGCUUUGGACAUUACACUCCAUACACGAGCAUUGCUAACACAACUGCGUAUUAAAACUUGCCUAGCGCUCACUAUUACGAAUCGGCAAUUCUGCACUGACGCAACGCAAGGUACUCCUUCUUGCAAGCGCCCGAACUGAGUUGGCCUUCCACUUUGGCAUCAGGCACUGCAAUGUCUGACCUUCAUAUGAAUUCGGAGGAUGCCGAUGAUGGCAGCUUCCUCUUCCCCGGCCUCGUCCACGCGAUGGACCACAGCGCAAGGCCGUCGCCCGCAGGCUCCAUAAGCUCCAGCGGUCGCGCCAAGCGCUCGCUGCUUUACAGAUGCUGGCGCUUUGACAGCAGCAUGCAUUUCUCAGUGCGGGACCUGCUAGUGCCGGUGGACGAUGUCCCGGAGCUAGAGAUGUGCACCUCGUCGCACACGUACCUGCUGGACCGCGAGCGCAUCACCGCCGCCGCGUGAUUGCGCCAUGAACCCCCGAUCCCAACCCCAGAGUGGCCCACUGCUGGCCCUGCCUGGCACUGGCACAACCACAGCAACGCGACAUGCAACAGCGCAGGAGCAAAACCAGCAGCUCCUGUCCAAGGAGAUCGCAGGGGUCUGGUAAUGUGCGGAAUCAGGUGGUACACUAGACAGCGCAGUGGACGGGCGUGGAUGCGUCACGGGAGACAAGCACGCUCGGUACGUGCCGGCCUGUGCCGGCAAGUAACUGUAUAGGUCCAGCCUGCGACAGCGGCCGCAGCUCCUGCGAACCGAAGGCGCUGCUGGUGCCAUAAACUAGGGGUUUGGGUGUGCAUAAUGUAAUCCGCAUCCAUAAUGUGCGAGGCAUUUUGGGGGAUUGCUCGGCAUGGCUCAUGGUGUGCGUGCCUGACCGGCAUCCGACCGGCCACCCGCGCGGCGACGGCAACGGCAGCGGCAGCGGCGGCCGCCGUUUUAGCAGCUUUCAAUUGCUACACGGCUUGGCGCAGGCAUCAAGUCCGCAUUGUUGUUGCGUAUUACAUUGCAUGGCGCAGGACAUCGUUCGUUCGUGCGCGCGCGCGUGCGUGCGUGCAGGUGUGUGCAGAUGGUGGCUGCGAAUAGGGCACUCUGAUGCGGGCACAAACGCAGCCUUCAACAGUUCCCGGCUGCGCCAUUGGCUGUCUCUAGCUAAUCGUAGCUUUUACGUAGGGCUCAGGGUAUUAUUGCGCGUGGCCACUGUGGUGUUUGCGUAAACAGUUGGCUAUUGAGUGUGGGAUGAAGCGGCUGUACUGGGACACUGUUGCUUUUGUGCUGUUUCACUUGAUUAUGGCGGCUCGGUCCUGCUGCUCAUGCGUGGACCACAGGCGCCAUGGAACCAAUAACCGUGGCAGCAGUCUGGCAUUAGUCCUUGUGUGCACGGCCUGAUGUGGGUCAGGUGCCGCGUACAAUGGCUUUGGACCUGAGGCAGGCGCGGAUAUCAUAGACACCCGGUCUAGCCGGUUGACACUCCGGGAGGGUUGUGCUUAUUUAGCCUGACAUGUCCACGUGCUCACGGUGACACGCCUGAAAGGCGACAUACCGUUUACAUAAGGCAUGGCAUAUUAUGGUCGUACCGGAUGGGCGUCGCGGCAGCGCGCGGUGUUGCGGUAAGUUCUGGCAUUACCUGCACGCCACGGUACGUACCUGACCUAGGUGCCAAGCGCACGGGCUGGUGUGUAAUCAUCGUUUCAAACUUUUGUCUAGUUAGCGGUCUUUGCUGGCAGGCAUAGCACAGCACGGUAUGUGGUGCUUGACACCGGGAGUCCGGGACGUGACUGGAUGCAUGGCGGGCCGUGCCUAAACGAACCGAACCCGGCUAUGUCGUCCCGGAGAUGAGGUACACGCUUGUGGCCUCAGAUUAGGCACGUGGCGUGGGCGCAGCCCACUUUUCCCUUGCGAGCGGCGGGGAAACCACCUUUGUUGCGAAAUUUUAAACGCAUUGGGGGCACAAUAUUGAACGACACUCAUCUUGGGUGAGGGGAUUGCUUCCGUGGCGGGUCGUCAGCACGGGUAGCUGUCGGCGCCCUGAGGUUGCAAGAACUGGGCAGCACUUGCGGUUUUGGUUUGGUUGCUGACUAUAUCGUAUGCACGUGCUGGAUGGUAUUGCGAGCUGCUAGUUGCAACGCUGAAGCUAAAGGACUGUGGAGCGAGGACGGGAGGCGAAGAGCACUCUUCACACACAAGACUGGGGAGGAUGUAAUGAAUUAGGGGGGUGGGAGAAGGUACGCCGUGUCGCCAAGCAUGCUGGGCAGUGUCCCACGCUAUGGUGGCUGUGGCAAGCCCAGGAUGUUCCAGCUUUCCAGGUAACCGUACGCAUUAGACGAGUUGGGUUUGAAGUUGGGGACAGGGCAAGCAGGAGGAAGAGGAGCUUGAGACGUGAGUACUGGACAUCGCAUUACAGGAGACAUAGCGGCGACAUGUGAAACUUGCACGGCUGCAACCUGCGUCACUGCGAUGCACAGGUUUUGCCAACCUGACGCACUGGCCUACUGGGUGCAAGCGGCAGCGGGCAGAAGCGAUGAGGAGCUGCACGCACGAGGCGCAGCGGGGAGUGACAGAGGCAGUGCAUGUGCACAUGUGUGAUGGGUACGGGCCGUGGCCGCCUGCAUGAUGCGAGCAUGUAAAUGCUAGCAGUC